AUGCAAACAAAUGGUGGCCAUGAAGGACACAAGUAUAAACUCAACAGUGAUGCCAUUCAAGCAAAAGAAACGCCUACUUCUCCGUAUUCAGGAAUAUUGCCAAAAAUAGUCCUUUCCUUUUCUGUAUGGACCAAUGGGAAGAAAUUAUUGAGUACAGAAAAGACAGAUUAUACCAUCGGAUCUAUCAAUGGUAUAUGCUUCUUCAGCAUGACUUGGGUCAUAUUAGCUCACAGUUUCAGUAGCGCCCUCGACACCAAAAUUUUUGCGGAUCAGACAUCGGGUACGACUACGUUGCUACAACGACACAGCUUUAUGGCCAUUUCCAACGGUUAUGUGUCAAUAGAUUCGUUCUUUGCCAUGAGUGGUCUGCUGAUUUCUUACGUGUUCAUGAAGGCGAUGAAGACAGCGAAAGGCCGUAUUAACUGGUUCAUGUUCUUCUUCCACAGGUUCUGGAGAUUGACACCACCGUACAUGAUGGUGAUGAUGGUGGAUAUUGCACUGUUUCGCUAUCUAAGCGAUGGACCAACAUGGUCACCUGAUGGACUUGAAACCGACUUCUGUAAAGACACCUGGUGGACAAAUCUUCUAUAUAUCAACAAUUUUGUAAAAACUGAGAAAAACUGUUUAAGCUGGUCUUGGUACAUGACAAUCGACAUGCAGUUCUUCGUUCUGAGCCCUCUUUUGCUUGUAUCGCUUUACUUCUCGAAGAAGAUCGGAGGACUCAUCGCUGCCAUAUUUCUUAUUGGCGUCACAGGAGCUUCUGGUUACAUAACUUACCAAAACCAGCUUCCUUCUACCCAAUAUUCAACAGGAUUAUCCUCAACUGACGAUUACUUCCAAAUGUAUUAUGUGAAACCUUACUGCCGAAUGGGUCCUUACGUUGUUGGUGUGAUUAUUGGUUACAUUCUCUACAAAACAGGGCGAAAUUACAAAAUCAAUUGGGUCGUUAACAUAAUUAUAUGGAUAGUGAUGAGUGCUCUGGCCUGUGUAAUAUUGUAUGGAAUAUAUCCGGAGAUGAGCGGUAGUACCACAAGUGUUGAAGUUUCAACCUUAUAUAACGCUCUCCAUCGCACCGUGUGGGGCGCUAUUGUCUGCUGGGUUGUAUUCGCAUGCGUGACCGGAAAUGGAGGAUUUGUGAACACAUUUUUAUCCUGGAGUCCGUUCAUCGUCCUUAGACGUCUGACAUACUGUGCCUACCUCGUCCAUCCUCUUGUAACGGCUGUCUAUUAUAGAUCACACCGCCAAAAACUCUUCAUGACAAACCUCAACAUAAUCUAUUUGUUUCUUGGGCAUCUGGUCAUCACUUAUAUGGUGGCGUUUGUUGUUUUCCUGGCGUUCCAGUCUCCAUUACUGCGUCUGGAGAAAGCUGUCUUUACCAAGGACAAGGAGGAGACAAAAUAG